UCAAAUACAAUGUUUUGCUUUUUUCCCCCUCUAUUCAUUUGCCUUGGUGACGUUCCUUCGCCAUGUGAUCAGAGCACUGGUAUAAAGCGCGAUGGAAGAUCCGCCCUCUUUAGGAUUCAGGUUCGGCCUUUUUCAGGUCCUUUAAACACACUUCAACCUACCAUCCCAAUGGUGCGCUACUGAAAAACGAAAAAAUCCCUAAAACACAUGAAAGUGCUUGGAAAAAGGGACAUCUCUUACCGCCGGCGUGCUCCUCUCAUCCCCUCAUAUGAGUUGUCUUGAAAGAGGGCAGAGUAGCACCGGCAGCAUCUCCUCUUCCUAUCCGCCGUAGCUUCUGGGAGCGCACAGCACAGUGCAGCGCUCUGCAUAACCAGCCGCGAGCCAUGACUCUGAGCUCCGAGAUGUCGGAUGCCUCCAUCCUUUCGGAAGAGACCGACAUCGACGUGGUCGGCGAAGGGGAGGAUGGGGACAGCCAGACGCGCUCCUACGUAGACGAGGUGGCGCAGAUGCACGAUGAUCUCCUGGCUGGCUCCCCGCCAUGCCUAGACAUCUCCUCGUCCCGGGAUCCGUACAAACCAGCCAGUAAGAACAUCCUGGUGAAGCCCCCAUACUCCUACAUCGCCUUAAUCACCAUGUCCAUUCUCCAGAGCCCCAAGAAGCGGCUCACCCUCAGCGAGAUCUGUGAUUUCAUCAGCAACCGUUUCCCGUACUACCGGGAAAAAUUCCCCGCGUGGCAGAACUCAAUCCGACACAAUUUGUCACUAAACGACUGUUUCGUCAAGAUACCGAGGGAACCCGGAAACCCCGGGAAGGGGAACUACUGGACCCUAGAUCCAGAGUCUGCCGAUAUGUUCGACAACGGUAGCUUUCUGAGACGACGGAAACGCUUCAAACGACAGCAGCAGCAGGACUUGCUGCGGGAGCAUAACAGUUUUAUCCCCGCUGCUGCGUACGGCUAUGGACCUUACGGCUGCGGCUACGGUAUCCAGCUGCAGUCCUACCACACACACUCUGCGCUUUUCGCGUUUCAGCAGCAGCAACAGUCUAGGCAUUCACACACUGGGACCAUUAUCUCGGCACCGUCCUUGCCCACCUCCAGUGACUUAGCGAGGAGCAGGUUCUUACCCCAGCUCAGUCCCAGCCUGGUUUCACCCAUACAUACUGCAGCCAAGUCCAGUUCGCCUGUCCAGCGCUCUACCUUCUCCAUAGAGAGUAUCAUUGGGAGUUCGCUGAGCCCUGCGCACAAUCACUGUGCUUCGCGGACUUCUACUGUUGUUCCAAUGUUAUCGUCUUCCCUCGCGCCACAGUCGCCCAACCAGCCGCUGAGUAUGCACCCAGGAACUGUUUUACACAUGGUCGAGAACUUUCCCAACAUAAUUCUGAACGGUACUAGUGGCUGUUAAUUUCUAUAAACUAACUUCCAAGUUUUCAAGAAACACAAACAAAAACGCCCCCUCUUUGAAGGUAGGAUUAUUUUUGUAUGUUUUUUUGGUAACACGCAGCUGAAUGAUGGACAUUAACACUAUUCGUGCCAAUUCAUUCUGUAAAAAAAAUAUUAGGCUAUAUUUAUGUUAAUACAAUUUUAGUGUCAAUCUAAUUUUCUCUCCACGAACUUUCAUUGUUUAUGAAGUGAUUCAUUUAAGUCUAGGGCGUCUCAGGAUAUCGACUAAAUGAAGGGUUAUACAUGAUCACGUCUCAAACAAUGUUAUAUUGUGUCAAACACACAUGUUUUUUAGUUUGGCUUUUUUGUUUUACUGUUUUGAUUUGUGCUCUGUAUUUAAAAGACACAAAGAUGAAGGUCAUUCAUUUAUAUGCAGUGUGUGCUUAUUUCAGUAAUAAAACAUUGUACAUUAUUUGGCAAGUAUUGUAUAAUCGGAGUGUGAUAUUUUUUACACGGUUUGUUUUUCAAUGAGAAUAAAUAUUGUUUUACAAAAAAAGACA